UAACGUUGGAGGCACGAGAUUCGCACAUUGUUUUGUUGACAUAUUGGAAUAAAUCAACAUACUUAUUCUGUUCCUUCUCUGGCAAGACUAAAUAUUCAUUCGAACUGCCUGAGCUUUACGUAUAAAUAAUUCGGUAUCAAAGAGCUGCACCACAAUGAAGAUAAAACGGCAGAAACAUGCGAAGAAAACCAUCAGCUUUUACAAGUACAACUUUUUAUUUCGACAACCUUUCCAAAUAUUGAUCGAUGGGACAUUUUGUCAAGCGGCGUUGAAGAAUAAGAUUCAAAUCAAAGAGCAGUUGCCUAAAUAUCUCAUGGGAGAGAUUCAACUUUGUACCACAAACUGCGCACUUAAGGAACUCGAGACUCUUCCAAAGGAACUUUAUGGAGCAAAACUAAUUUUACAGAGAUUCCAGGUUAGGCAAUGUAAACACAAAGAUCCUUUGCCUGCAUCACAGUGCUUGUUGUCAAUGCUUGGGGAAGCAAAUCCUCACCACUACUUCAUUGCAACACAGGAUCAAGAGUUGACUACAGCCCUGAAGAAGAUCCCUGGGGUUCCUCUGCUCUAUAUUAUCCUGAACACCAUGGUGUUAGACAAGCCCUCUGAAUGUUCACUGAAGCACAUAGAAGCAGUUCAGCUGGGUGAGUUGGUGAGCACAUCACAACAGAAGAGCAUCCAGAGUCUGAAAGAGCAGCAGGGCCUUGGCAAAGAUGGUGAGGAGAGGAGAGGCAAGAAGCGCAAGAGGAAAUCUGGGAACCCAAACCCCCUUAGCUGCUUGAAGAAGAAGAAACCAACGCCUCAACAGCCCAAAAAGACAGAUAGAGAGAAAAAGAAACGGAAUAGACACAGGAAGAAAAAGACUGCUUGGGGAGAGGGAGCACCUGUGAACUUAAACCAGUCAAAUCCCCCAACUGCCUAGAGUUAAAUCCUACUGUGUGUUGUUUUUUAGAAUAAUUUUACUGUAUAGACUCACCUCUUCUUUGGUAAUGGAAAUGCAUCAGCAAGCCUCUUGUUUUCUCUAAUAAA